AUGACUGGACAUGGAACUGUAGUGCACAGGGCACGAUUCUGCGAUUUUCUGCCCGGCAACAUCACUUCGCUGGCGUUCUCGCACCGGUCGACAGCAUCGAAGUUGACGCCGUCUGAUUUGCGGCUUGCUGUUGGGAAGUCAGAUGGGACUGUUGACGUGUGGAACCCACGGAACAACUGGAUUCAAGAGUUUGCGAUUGGCAGCGGUGGUGGGGAGGGCCGGUCGAUUGAGGGGCUCGUGUGGUGCAACGUGCGCGGACAGCCGCUCAGACUGUUCUCGAUUGGUGGGUCUACGACGAUCACCGAGUGGGAUCUGAGGGAUGGGUCACUGCUGAAGAACUACGACUGUAAUGCUGGGGUUAUCUGGUCCAUUGGCAUCAACAGGUCGCAGGAUAAGCUUGCGGUCGGGUGUGACAACGGGGCAGUAGUCAUUGUGGAUAUCUCGGGCGGUUCCGGGUCCCUCGAGCACGACACGAUCCUAGCUAGACAAGAGUCCAGAAUUCUGAACAUUGCAUGGAACGGUGACGAGUUUGUGAUCGGGGGUUGCUCGGAUGGGAAAAUCAGGGUCUGGUCCGCCGCGGCGAACGAGAGCCAAGAGGCGGCCCGCGGUAGACUACUCCACACAAUGAAGGUCGACAAAGCUAGGGGAGAGUCUACCCUUGUAUGGUCCGUUCUAUACCUACCAAACUUGAACCAGAUCGUAUCCGGGGACUCCACUGGGUCUGUCAAAUUCUGGGACUUCCAGUAUGCGACUCUGCUCCAGUCGUUCAAGCCGCACGAGGCUGACGUGCUGUGUCUCACGGCAGAUGUCGAUAACAACUCCGUGUUUACUGCGGGUGUUGACAGAAAGAUCUUCCAAUUCAGUUACAGCACAGCAAGCAACAAGCAAUCAAGCAGGAAAUGGGUCAACGCUGCAAACAGACUUUUUCAUGGGAACGAUGUCAGAGCGAUGGCCGCAUACCAGUCGAGAGGCGCUGAUUUCCUCGUAUCCGGUGGUGUCGAAAAGACCUUCGUGGUAAGCUCUCUGAGCUCGUUCGCCAACGGCAACUACAGAAAGAUGACGCAUGUACCGGCAACGGCACAGCGGAACGUGCUUUUAGCACCACAACAGAGGUACAUCGUCAUGUGGCAGAACAGCACGGUGAAAGUCUGGUAUCUGGGCACUGACGUGGAAGACGAAAAGAACUACAGGUUAGUCUGUAAACUGUCGCUAAAUAAAGAGGACGAGCCGAUCUUACGAUGCACGAUGUCCUUUGACGGUCAGGUUCUCGUGGUCAGCAGAAUGUCCUCUACCAAAAUUUUCCACUUGCUACCGAACGAAACAAUGACCAAACUGAAGGUGACCAAACUGGACAACGACUUCUUGUUGAAGACUGGGUCCAAGUUUGUCAAGUUUGUUGACAGUUCGGUCAUCGUGGUGUGUACUCCAGAUGACGAGUUAUUCACCUUGGAUCUGGAAUCCGACAUAGAGGGAGGUGAUGAAAAACCAACGGAACUGGAAAUGCCAGCCUUCCAGGGGACGAAGAGCACUUUCGAGCUCCCAUACUUGGCCAGAGUAAACCACAUGGAUGUCACUGAGGGCUACGUUGUCGUUUCUCGUGGUUGUGGUAUCGUCGACAUAAUUGACUUGAAGACACACGAGUCCAAAUCAUUGAUCCGUUUAACGGACUAUAUUACCGCAUUAAAGAUAAAUACAGAGAAGUCGAGCGUGAUAGUGGUAACAUCUGAGAAUAAAAUAUACGAGCUGAGAAUAGAUGAUGGUGCAAACGCUGAGGGCGGCUCUGAGAUCUUGACCGAAUGGUCCAAAAAAUGCACGGAUAACUUACCAAGAAGGUUCCAGAAUCUGAAGGACAAAUGCAACGGUAUAUUCCUGGACAAGGAGAACUGCAACAUGGUCUGGUUUUGGGGUACUUCAUGGUUGGUAAGGUUCGAUUUCAGCUUGGAUCUCCCCCUAAGCAAAAGAAAGAAGGUUGUCCUGAAGCGUGGCCGCGACGGAUUAACCAUAACAGACGAGAGCAAUUUCAUGAACGAUGCAACGGUGAGCCGCGGCGACUUCAAGGACGGCGAAAACAAUGAUGAUGACGAAGACGACGACGACGAUGAUGAUGAUGAGGACGGAAUGGAUCUCUCUGUCGACGACGCGAUCCUGCGUGCGAACGCCAGAGACAGCAACAGUUCUACCUCGAGCGUGCUCAGCAGAGCAAAGACAGAAUCGCAAGCAUUCUUCAUUUCUGACAAGUUUAAGCCAAGUUUAUACGCCGGGUUCAUUAACUCGAAAGAGAUAGUCGUUGUCGAACGGCCAUUGGCACAAUUACAAGCGCAACAAAAGGCAUUCCACCUGUCCAAACUGGUGUUCUAA